UCAUAUCAAGGAAACCCGUAUUGACCCUCAUGCGGUAUCAGGAUUUGUCCCGAGUUUUAUUUGUGUUUGGUCCGUUGUGCUGUCUCUGCUGUGAGUGGGUGUUAGCGAACUUUGCUUUGUACUUAACCGAGUAACGGUGAAAUCAAUUACCCUCUGGUUUUGCUAGUAAGGACCGUUAGCGGUCCCUGUCCCGCAGUUUGGGAACCGCUAUCCCUGCUGGCCGACCUCUGCUCUCCGGCUCUCUGCCUCCGACUCCGCCUCUCUGAGCAGCAACACACGAGCGACCGACUCCCCAGCCUGCCUGCCUGCCUGUCUGCCGCCACCCCGAAGCCCAAACCGGACUCCAUACUUCUGACCCAACAUACGCCACAUGUACUCCUAAUUUUACCGGAAGAAAAAAAAGUUCCACUUGAAAAGUACAACAGGCAGGAGCAACUCUUGUUAGCUGUACCGGAGAAGUUUUUUGCUUCUUCUUUACCCCCACUUUUUGGCCCCGCGGCGGGGCAGGACAGACGGGACAGGCCUGGGGGGGAAAGGAGAGCAUAUGAUGUGGAUCUGGUACCUUCUGCUUGGUUCGGGGUCAGGCUCAAGAACUGUUGAGAGCCAGCUGCUCCCAGGGAACAACUUCACCACAGAGUGCAACAUCCCUGGAAACUUCAUGUGCGGAGAUGGGAAGUGUGUCCCAGGCGGGUGGCAAUGCGAUGGAUUGCCCGACUGCUUUGACAAGAGCGAUGAGAAAGGCUGCCCUAAGGUCAAGUCAAAGUGCGCCCCUACAUUCUUCGCAUGCGCUAACGGCGUCCACUGCAUCAUCGGACGCUUCCGGUGUAACGGCUUCAGCGACUGUCCUGAUGGGAGUGACGAGGAAAACUGCACAGGCAACCCACUGGUGUGCUCAGAGGCUCGCUUCAAGUGUCGAAAUGGCCGCUGUGUAGACCGCAGCUUCUUGUGUAACGGCCAGGACAACUGUCAGGAUAACAGUGAUGAGGAGCCCUGCCCGACUACAGCAGAAGCUCCUGGGCAGGACUUUGUGACACUGGACUAUCGUCUGCGGUACUACCCAAGCAUCACCUACGCCGUCAUCGGCAGUGCCGUUAUCUUCGUCUUGGUGGUGGCGUUGCUGGCGUUGGUGCUCCAUCACCAGAGGAAGCGGAGCGUUCUGCUGCCCAGAGGCGUAAGAGGAAGCUUGCAUCACCACCACCACCACCAGCCCCUGCUGCUGUCCCGUUUGGUCAUCUUGGACCGGGGCCACGUCCAUUCUGGAGGUCCAGGUAUCCCCCCCGGCUCCCCCACCACGGCGGCCCAGUACAGCUCAACUCCUCAGGCGUUGCAGCUGCUCUCUGGGGCCCUGUAUCCCUCCGGACUCUCCAUGGACUCACCUCCGUCAUACUCACAGGCUGUUCUGGAUGUCAGCCGGCCUCCCUGGUUUGAUCUCCCUCCUCCUCCUUACCUCCCAGACGGGGACCUUCCUUCAGAGGGCGAGCUGCCUCAAUACGAGGCCCCACAAGAUACUUUGAGCCAGCCCACACCCAGAACUGUGGCUUCAGGCACUCAGCCGAGUUCAAACUCCACAGAGGAGUCGGACCAGCUGUAGUGCUUCUCUUGAAGACUGUUGAUAGUUAGAAAUGAGAGACUGAAGGACCAGGCUGCAGGGCCGCUUGAGGCCAGGACAGUCCACAGCACUGACCUGCUGAGAAGAAUCAACAGGGACUGAGAGACUGGGAGACUAAACUCUCUGCUUUGGCUUACUGAAGCACUGGACUGAGAUUAGCUCAUCCUGCUAGACUGAUCUUGUAUGCUGGCUCCACCUGCUGGAGUCAUGGCUGCACUACACCUUCAUCCGUUAAUAUUCAAUAAGUUCAUUUCAAUUGAAUUAUGUUCCCCCUGAAAAAAUACUGAUGUGAUAUGAUUCUGAACUUCAAAGAAAUAGGAGUUAAACUGUCAUUCAGUAACAUCAUACAUGAUGAAAUCAACAGUGCAGUCUGUACUGUGUGUAACUCUGGCAGCACUCGGAGAGCUGUGUCAAAGUCAUGCAGCAUUUUGUCAUAUUCCUCACUGUCCUUUACAUUUCACAUCUAUAAUAUUUCCAUAGUGGGGUUGAUAAGAGAUUUUUAUUGUGUUAAAACUUUUAAAUACUAGUAAAACGAGACAAAAUCUGUGUUUUUAAAAACGACUGCUACAUUUGAGGACUCGCUGUAUUUAGAGACUUUUAGCAAGGACAUGUUGCCUUAUUCUUAUUGAAGCUGAUACACUUUUAACAAUAGUUCAAUCAUAUAUACAGAAAUGUUGUGGAAGAGUGAAACACAUGUGGUUGGGAUAUACAAAAGCAGCUUAAUCAGAGGUACUCAGAGAUUUAAAUCUGUUUUUUCAGUGUUGACGUGGAAAUGAACUUAUUAUCUGGCUAGUGAAAAUUAACAUUUUAUAACAUCUUAGUGGUACGUCAAACUAAAUCCAUUGAAGUGUUUCCACUGAGUUGUUUAGAAAAAUACAAGAUAUAUUUCUAAAAGAUCAGUGGAGGUUUUUGUGCUUUUUCUCACAACAAUUUUUCAACAGUAUUUCUUGAUUGUCCUAAAUUCCAGAAAAAAAAAUGUGAAGAGGACCAUUGCGAUUUAAUGAAUUAAUGCUAAGCAGAAAUUAUAUAAGUAUAUAUAUAUCUUUACCAUGUGAGUUUCAAAAAUCAUUCCUCUAAGCUAAAGAACCACCUCUGCUGGCAAAGAUAAAACUGUUUUAUUUCAUUUCUGUCUGAAGACCAAUAAUGUUUUUAUGUAAAGACUAAAAAAGUUAAUAGAAAGGAUUUUGUUAAGGCCUUAUUAUGUGCCAGUUUGGUCCCUCGUGCCUUUGUAUGUGUUGUGUUUCUGGGCCCAAAUAGCCUAUUUAAAUCCUCCGAAAACAGCAGCCUGAUCUGGGAUAUAAUCAAAAGGUCACAUGACUACAUACAUUUGAGAAUAUCUUGUCUUAAAUCUGAUUGGUCAAGUUCUACUUGAGAUUUUAAAUGUAUAUAUCAUUUUUGUCAUUCAGAAAAUACAGCCUCAGUAGUAUUAAUGACUGAUGAAAUCCAUAUCUGAAGGAUCUGUGUUCAUGUGUUUUUUUGACCUUCGUUCGUUUAUUUCAACGUGGUUCAACACUGUAAAUAGAAAACAGGAAAAGUAAAGAAAUCUAUUUAAAAGUAGAACAUUUUCAUUUAGUUUAAAGCGACUUUAAAGAAAGAGAUGAAUGUAGUUGUGCUUACUUUUCUAUUAGAGCCUGCAGUGAUAAUGCAGGCACAAGAAAAACAAUCAAACCAAAGAUAAUCAUUAUUAACCUUCUCCCCAAGGAUAUUACCCUCCAAAGGAAUAAUUAUGUGUCACAACUAUUUCUACCUUUAUUAUAUCCCCCAUUUGUAAAGAUUUAUUGAGUAAAACAGAUUUCAUGUUGCUGUAAAACUGGAAAGCAUUUCUCAGGACGAAAUUUAUACCAGUCUGUCUGUUCUGUUGUUCAUAUCUUUGUUUUGUUUUUAGAAAUGUUUAAGAUCAACUUCCAUUUUUUUCUGAUUUGUUCUCAUAAGGUUAGCUGUUUACACAUUUGUGACAUCAUGAUCUUUUUUUUCCUCUGUAUUCUGUACAUUGAAAGUAAUAUAAAAUUCUGACUCAGAA